UAGAAAUUCUUGAAUGAAUGACUAUUGCAUUAUGAUUCUUUGCAUUUUCUCCCUCCAUUUCAUCAAUCUGCUGAAAUAAUGUAAAUUGAAAGUCUGUUGUAGCAGAUGUGUUAUUUCAACUAUGGCUGGCAUCUGUUGCCAUCUUUAUGGAACGAUCUACAAUGUAAAUUGAAAGUCUGGUGUUUGGAGGGUUUUCCAUAGAGAGGAUACAGAUUGAGAGACAGUGAAGAGAGGGGGAUUUUGGAGAGAGAGGACAUGGAAAGAGACGAAAAAAAAAAAGAGAAAUAUUAUUAUGUCUAUCAAGAUAUUGGUAACUAUAAAACUAGCAAAAAUAGGUUACCAAAUUAAAAUUUAUGAGUUUUUUUUAUAUCACAAAUUAAAGUUUAAAGAUAAUCUUGUUAUAAAGCUCAAACUUCAGGGAGGAUGGGUCAGAUUUACUUUGACACUUCAACCCACUUGAUAUGAAGAAAGAAUCUCCUCUAAUGACAAACACUAUCAUGACCACCUCAAUGGAGGAGAAAAAAAGAGGCAGAGGUCAAUGAUAACUUGAUAAGGUCAGCUCUCAUCUUGCCUGCCCAAUAUCUCCCUAAGUGAGUCUUUUUUCCAGGAGUUGUACCUGUUAUCUAUAUCACAAUGCCAAGCCACACUUCCAUUUAUUGUAUUUUAUCCAAAGCUGCUGCUUUUUUUUCCCCAUCUAUAGAUGUUGUUGGACAAGUAAAGCAUUGUUUAUACUAGAGCACUUUCGAAAGUGCUUGAUUAAUUUUAGAUUAGAUCAUAAUCAUUAAAAGUGAUACUUAGGACUGUUGGGUGAAAUUUUUCAUUGAUGUUAUGAGUGCAUUGAAGAAAAAGAAGUACUAGGCCCUCUGAUUAGUUGAGUGUCUUUUUAUCAAAGAAUUGAUGACAGGCAAUAAAUACCCUUUAAGCAGUCUCUGACCACUGUGCACUCUGCAGAUGUCCAAAUCGCUACAAACAUAUUUUCCACAUAUCAUUUGUCAUACUUCUCUACUCAUCUCAGUGAAUAAGCAAGGAAGAAAAGAGCACAAGCACAGAUAUUAAAAGAAGCAAGGUGAGGUUGUUUAGCAGGCAUAUUUCACUUUUGAAGUUAUUUUCAAAUCUAUAAUAAGUUUAUCAUUUGGGAUUAAGAUUUUGUUGUUGCAUCAAGUUUUAUGAUAAUCAUACAUUCUCAGAGAAAUGAGCAUGGAAGAGGCAAAAGAAAAGAACGAGAUUGAGAAUGAGAAACUGGAAGAGACGCAGGAUGAAGCAGAGAGAUUAGGGAGAGCCCAACCGUGGACAAGGCAAAUCACUGCAAGAGGAGUGCUAGUGAGUGUUGUGAUUGGGGCCAUCUAUAGUGUGAUAACUAUGAAGCUGAACCUCACAACUGGGCUGGUUCCUAAUCUAAAUGUCUCUGCAGCCCUUCUUGCUUUUGUGUUUAUCAGAACAUGGACAAAAAUGCUUCGUAUGGCAGGAUUCGUAGCCAAACCCUUUACCCGUCAAGAGAAUACUAUGAUUCAAACUUGUGCAGUUGCUUGUUAUAGUAUAGCUGUGGGAGGUGGGUUUGCUUCUUACCUUUUGGCAUUAAAUAGGAAGACAUAUGAGUUUUCAGGGGAACACACUGAAGGGAACUCUUCAAGAGCUGUAAAGGAACCUGGAUUUGGUUGGAUGACUGGCUUCCUUUUUCUAGUUUGCUUUGUUGGCCUUUUCGUCUUAAUUCCACUUAGAAAGAUCAUGAUAAUAGACCUUAAGUUGACUUAUCCAAGUGGUUUGGCAACAGCAGUUCUCAUCAAUGGCUUCCAUACCCAAGGAGAUAAGAUGGCCAAGAAACAAGUUCGUGGGUUUAUGAAGUAUUUCUCAAUCAGCUUCUUGUGGGCUUUUUUCGAGUGGUUUUUUACAGGGAAAGAGGCAUGUGGGUUCUCACAGUUCCCUACUUUUGGAUUGCAAGCUUGGAAACAAACAUUUUUCUUUGAUUUUAGCGCCACUUUUGUGGGAGCAGGGAUGAUUGUUUCCCACCUAGUGAACUUGUCUUUGCUUCUUGGGGCUGUCCUCUCAUAUGGGAUUAUGUGGCCUCUCAUUAAUAAGCUCAAGGGAGAUUGGUUCCCGGCGAAUUUAGAAGGAGAAGCUGACAUGAAGGGCUUGUAUGGUUACAAGGUUUUUAUAUCAGUUGCUUUGAUCCUAGGAGAUGGGCUAUACAAUUUCGUUAAGAUAAUAAGCUUUACAAUCAUCAAUAUCCAUGGCAGAUUAAAGAGCAGCAGCAACCUCAAUACAGAGGCUCUGGAUGGCCAGCAGGAGUCAAUUGAUGAUCUAAAACAAAAUGAACUCUUCCUCAGGGAGAAGAUACCCAUGUGGAUAGGAGUCACUGGAUAUGUCUUCUUCUCUGUUAUAUCAAUAAUUGUGGUCCCAAUAAUAUUCCCUCAGCUUAAAUGGUACUACGUUGUUGUUGCUUACCUUCUUGCUCCAUCUCUGGCAUUUUGCAAUGCUUAUGGAGCUGGUCUUACCGACAUAAACAUGGCUUAUAAUUAUAGCAAAGUUGCUCUCUUUGUGCUAGCUGCAUUGUCUGGGAAAGAGAAUGGUGUCGUUGCAGCUCUUGCUGGUUGUGGCCUUAUUAAAUCUGUUGUUUCUGUUGCUUGCAUCCUAAUGCAGGAUUUCAAAACAGCCCAUCUGACUUACACUUCCCCAAGAGCGAUGUUCAUGAGCCAGGUUAUUGGCACUGCAGUUGGCUGUGUGAUUGCUCCUCUCAGCUUCUUCCUGUUCUACAAGGCAUUUGAUGUUGGAAAUCCCAAGGAAGAGUUUAAAGCUCCUUAUGCACUAAUCUAUAGAAACAUGGCAAUUAUUGGCGUUCAGGGUUUCUCGGCUUUGCCUCACCAUUGUUUGCAGCUUUGUUAUGGCCUCUUUGGUUUUGCAGUAGCAGUUAACCUCGCAAGAGAUCUCUCGCCACAGAAACUUGGACCAUGGAUGCCUCUUCCGAUGGUCAUGGCAGUGCCCUUUCUUGUUGGCGCUUACUUUGCCAUUGAUAUGUGCGUUGGAAGUUUAAUUGUUUUUGCAUGGCACAAACUCAACUCCGAGAAGGCAGAGUUGAUGAUACCAGCAAUCGCUUCCGGAUUGAUCUGUGGAGAAGGUCUGUGGACUCUUCCUGCUGCUAUUCUUGCUUUGGCCAAAAUAAAACCACCAAUAUGCAUGAAAUUUAUACCAUCCUAGAGAAACCUCAUGAAAAUGAAGAUUCAGGAUUUGGGUAGCCUCAAGUACAAUUGGCACCCCCCUAGCGUGCCCUUUGAUUUGGCAGACUUAACUGUAGGUUAUUGCCAUAGUUACCAUAUACAUAAUAUAUUUCUCAUCUUUUAUCUGCUAUGAUUAGACAUUCCAAGUUUUUUUCUGCAAUUAUUUUGUUUAA